AUGGAUAAGGAAGAAACAGAUAAUAUCCUACGUAUAUUUGGAGUCACAGAAAUUAAUGUUACUAAAAGACUAUAUGAAGGAUUGAUUAAAUUUUAUGAUAUGGAAACUUAAGCUGCUGAAGGAGCAAAUAGACAAAAUUGCUGUACCAUAUAUGGAAUAUUAUUUUAAAUUUAAAAUCGUUUUUAAAUAAUUAUUAAAAUAAUAAAUAAACUUAUUUAUUAUAAUAAUUUAAUUGAUAUAAAAGGAGCUAAUUCAAUUAUUAAUGUCUAUCAAAAUUAAACCCAACUUUUUUUUGAUUGA